ACCUUACUCGGUCCUUACAUGGCCCUCAUUCCAUGUACGUGCUCGUGCCUUACGUAGAAAAUCAACGGUGUGCACAAUAUAUAUAGGGUGGACUAGACGAGAUGUAUUCAACAUAUUCAAUUCCAUCCAGGUGCGCUUACCAUGAAUUUCCAAGGAGACGUGUUUGGCUACUGGGGUCGAAAAAUCAUCGAACAUUAUGAUGAUCUCCGCAAAAGCAUUCCUCCGCUCACCACGGCUCCUCAUGAAGAGACCUCGCAGAUACCUGAGCUCCCUAAGCGUGGUUAUGGCCCGCUGGGUACAGUUGGAAUUCUAGGUGCAGGAGUUGGUGGUCUAUACACCGCCCUUAUCCUAGAUUCGCUGGACAUCAACUACGAGAUCUUGGAGGCGUCGGACCGCACCGGCGGACGCCUCCUCACCUACAACUUCCCGAAUGGUGGUAAAUAUGACUACUACGAUGUUGGUGCCAUGAGGUUCCCCCUGCCGAGAAGGACGCUCAAGGCAAUUACAAGAUUGGAAUUAUGAGGCGAUGGCGAG